CAAAAUUCAAGUGAUAAAAAUAAAAAAAGCUGAUAAUUCCAGAAAUAAUCAAAUAAGAUUCUAAAUAUUUACAGCAUUUACAAAAACAACCCAUAAAGUUAUAUUAAAACUAUAAUACGAAAGUUAUUUUCGUGGACUUUAAACUUUAGAGACUGGGUCUCUUGCCAUAAUGAAAACAGGUUUGCUAUACGGGAUCGUAGCAAGCUCAAAAACUCGCGUACGAUGUAUCUUCUGCGGUGUGUUUAUACCGAAAGCGAGUAAAUGCAUCGAAGAACAUGCUAGCGGUACGAAACAUAAAGAAAACAUACAGCAAAUGUCCGAAAAUGGAAUCACUUGCAACGACAAGGAGCUAUAUUGCCAACCGUGCGACUACUACUUCACCGAAGACGACUCCGUGGUUUCUCACCUAGACGGCGACGACCACGAAAACUGGAUGGUCGCACUAUACGACUUGAUAGACGGUGAGUUCAUCAAUGUCGAUGCAUUUCUAGCUUGCGAGAGUAAAGAGGCACAUUGUGACGUCUGUAAACUCAACAUCCAUUGCUCAUUACUAAACGUCGAAGAACAUGUGAACGCGAUGUCCCACCGUAUUAACGUUUGCGAGGAACUCAAGCCAUCCAAUGCAAUAUUCCGUGUUGAGGAUGAUACCGAACUGUGGUGUAAAUUAUGUGAUGCUUACAUCGAUAAUACAAUCACAAGCGUAAUGAAGCAUGUCGAUGAUGAUGAGGAGCAUGUGGGCUGGUUUGCAGAAAUCGAGGAGUUGAUCGAGGGCCACGAUAUAUCCAUCGAAAACUUUCUUAAAAAUGAGCAUGAAAAAUAUGCUUUUUGCAACAAGUGUCAAAUGGAAGUGAUCUGCGACACUCAAAACAUACAGAGCCACGUUGAUAGCGAAUCUCAUUUGAAUCAAUUCAGUUAAUACCACAACAUCAGUUAUCACAAUGGCCACCACUUAAAAAUUACCUACCCUCAUGCUGGUCUUAUCACAAGGAAAUGUGAUUGAUAAUAUUCUAAGCUACAAAUAAUUGUUUAAAAAGCAGUGAGCACAAUUUGCUAUCAUUCAUAUGGUGGCCAUGGAACAGAAGCUCUCUAUGAUUGUUAUUUUUCUAUUGUUUAUUUGAUUAAUUUUGGAGCAAUAAAAACAUGCUUUUUACGGUUGUAUAUACACUGUGUUAGUGUAAAACACCAUUAUCCUUGAAACUAUCAAAUGAGACCGUCAAAAUGAACAACUUUUUCUAUGAGAAUAAUGCU